GAAGCGAAACCCGAAAAAUUCAACGAAUAUCCGACGAACGAGAAACGAAGUAGCCGGUGUCAACAAAAUCGGUGACAUUUCAACGCGCAGAUUUUCACGCGAAUUUUCCUCAUCGUUUUGCCGCUCUACCUCAAGCAUUCGCUUCGCGAUAGUGUAUUCUUUUGAUCAUGUGUAAUAUCCCCCAACACUACAAAUAAUGGAUAAUCCCCAGUGUCCAGAAGAUGACGAUUUGAGAAAGAUUAUCAAUAAAUUGGCCGAAUUUGUGGCACGCAAUGGACCGGAUUUUGAGGCGAUGAUCAAAUCUAAGCAGAUUGAUAACCCACGGUUCAGAUUUCUAUUUGGCGGCGAAUAUUUUGCGUACUACAAGCAUCGUGUUGCAUCGGAGCAAUCGAGAAUAAAAUUGCAAGGGGAGGAGGACAAUCCUCAUUCCGGUUAUCGGCCUCCGAGUGGAGCUGCAUUGGAGAAUAUGCAGCAAAUGUGGAUGAAUAGUAGUAAUGACACAUCUAAUCCUCAUCCUGGACAAAAUUCUGUUGGUGUCCAACUGAAAGCAAUCAAUCUGCAGCAGAAUAGUCUUCGAAAUCAAAUACGUCAGUCAGAACAGAAUUUGUCGGCGCAGCAUGCAGCUCUGGUUCAGCAGCAACAGACAUACAUUGAUGAUGCUGUACGUAAGGCACAGAUGGAGACACUCCAGACCCAAGCUGAAGUCAAUGGGAUUGUACUGAAGGAAUUUGAUGAUGUUCUCCUGCCCAUUGUCGAGUCAUGCACGAAAGAUAGUAUUUCAACGGGAAAAAACUGGAUACUUCAGCACACGGGCGAUGCCACAAAGUGUUCAAUAAUCCUUCAGUAUCUGCUGCAGAAAGCUCUAAUUGCAGAUGCUGAUUUCUCUCACAAACUCCAUCUCAUCUAUCUUGUAAAUGAUGUUCUGCAUCACUGUAUCCGGAAGAAUGCUGCUGAGUUGAAAAAAUGUCUCGAGAAUGUGGUGAUUCCCAUGUUCUGCAGUGCUCAAUUAAUCGCAAAUGAAACUCAAGUGGCAAAAUUGACAAAAUUAUUGUCACUAUGGGAAUCUAAAGCAAAUUUCUUCGAUGCAUGUGUUAUAUCGAAGCUAAAAUCACCCCAAUCGUCUCUCCAAGAGUACCGAACAAAUCUUCUUGUGAAGCAUCCAAAUGUUGUGUCGUCCGUUAAUUUGGCGUCGAAGAAUGCUUUUGAUAACUAUCAACAGCAACAUCAUGCUUUUGUGGCUCAUGCAACGCAACAAAUUGCCACGCUUGAGACUCAAAAACAAAAUCUCGAGCAGCAAAAUAUGCGGCAAAUGAUGAUGAAUAAUCCAGAGCCACAACAGUACUACAGUGACAAUUCUAAUGACUACCCCAGUAGUCGGGCUCAACCGGUACAAAAUGUUGUUCCACCUGUUGGACCCAAUAUGUCCCAGGGAGUCCCACAGCAAUGUCCAUCGGUUAUUCCGCCAAAUAUAUUUGGGGUACAGAAGCCACUGGAUGACAAUAUCGAUGAGCCUCAGAUUGCUGAUCAGAGUGGCUUUCCGAUUCCACCGCCAAACUUUCAGAUUCCUGAUUUGUCGAAGCCUCCGCCAAAUUUGAAUGCUCCACCGCAGAAAGUUGUGGAGAAGGUGGAAGAUCUAACACCGUCUGUUCCGUAUUUUGACUUGCCGGCGGGAUUGAUUGUUCCGCUGAUUAGACUCGAGGAUUACAGCUACAAACCGCUGGAUCAGAGUCUCAUUCAGCUGCCGCAACCAACUCCACCGAGUGAGAGACUCUUGGGAGCUGUGGAGGCUUUCUACUCUCUGCCAAGUCACGACAGACCACGAGAUGGAGAGGGAUGGGAAAAACUCGGUCUGUACGAGUACUAUAAAGUGAAGAAUCAAUCAAGGAAGCAGAAGGAAGAGGAAAUAAUGCAGGGGAUUCGAACACGUUCGAGAUCUCCGAGUCCAAUCACCAUAGAAAUGAAUUCGUUCAAAAAGAAGAAGAAACGACGACGAUAUAGAUCAAAGAGUCGCAGUAAAAGUCGUUCAAAGUCCCGGUCACCACCACCAGCCAUCAUCCGGAAGGAUAUUCGUGGUCCACCGCAGAGAUUUAUGCCCAAUUCAAUGGGUAAUAGCCAUCGGGGAAUGAUGAGGGGGAUGAUGAAGAAGGAGGACAAUGAUAUGAUGGGAAAAUAUUAAGUUGAAGGGGGGAGGGAAGGGGGAAGUGAAUGUGAAACAUUUGGUAGGAAUGUUUGAGAUGUUACUUUUCCAAGAGAAAGACACCUUGAGUACGUGA